AUGGCUGAAGAUCAAAAUAAUCAACUACCUCCUGUGGUUGCUGCGAAUCUGGCAAAUCUGAAUCCUGCUCAUCUUACUAUGUAUGAUUAUUCCAAGCCCACUCUAACUGGGGCUGAAUCAAGUAUUGUGAGACUUGCUAUUGUUGCGAAUAACUUCAAACUGAAGCCGAACACCAUUCAGAUGAUCCAACAAUUUGUUCAGUUCGAUGGAAACACCUCGGAAAAAUGUGAUAGAGCCACGUUCCAAUUCAUGCAAAAAACUAGAACAAUUUAUGAAGAGCGAAGGUUGCAGAUUGAUGAACUAGACGAAUGGUGGACAAAUGUCAAGGAAAAACCAAGAAUACAUGAUGAAAAGCAUAAGGAAGCAACGAACCACUUUAAGGUUGGGGAUCAGAUUCAAGAUAUGGGUAAGCUUCCUUCUUCUUUUAUUCUUCGUUCAGUUGUUAAUGGUGGAAGUCAUCUUUCUAAUUUCCACUCUUUUUCUUCUUCUUCAAACAACAUUGCUACCCACAUCAAAGCCUUAAGUAAGAAACCCAUGCCUGUUAGAGGAAAGGGAAAAAAAGAUGAUCGCUUCGAUAUUGUUGAUGAUGCUUUAAUUUUGUUCAAUAAGAUGAUAGUCAGUAAGAUUUUUGAGGCCAUUAGUAUAUUCGAUGAAAUGACUGAAAGAGGGUAUCAACCUGAUUUGAUUGUUUACAAGACAAUACUUAAGGGUUGUGUAAGAGCGGAGGCUCUUGAUCUCUUAUCUGAAAUGAAGGUUAAAGGCAUUAAACCAAAUAUCAUUACUUACAGUUGCUUAAUUCACGGUAUGUGUGAUUCGGGCCAACAGGAAAAGGCAACAACGCUUUUGAAUGAAAUGUUGGAUAACAAUAUUUCACUUAAUAUUGUCACAUAUACUAUAUUGAUUGAUAUACUUUGCAAGGAAGGAAUGAUUUCUAAAGCUGUAGAGACCAUUGACAUGAUGAGAAAGCAAGGAAGAGGCAUUGAGUCUAAUGUUGUUACCUAUGAUGCAUUAGUUAAUGGUCACUGCUUGCAGAACGAAAUGGAUAAAGCUAGAAGAGUUUUACAGUUGAUGAUUGAAAAGGGUUGUGCACCGAAUAUAGUUACCUACAGCACGAUGAUCAAUAGAUAUUGCAAAAGUAAUCUCAAAGAGGCAUUGAAAUUUUUUCAAACAAUGCAAAAUGGUGGGUUGGAACUUGAUAUUGUCCCAUAUACUAUCCUAAUUGAUGGGCUGUGCAAAGCUGGGCAUAUUGAAGUUGCCAAGGAAUUAUUUCGUCAACUCUCAGACAGUGGUUUAAAACCGAAUGUUUACAAAUAUGGUGUAAUGAUUAAUGGACUGUGUAAAGAGGGAUUGCCAGAUGAGCAGACAUGUUUUUUGGGAGCAUGGGAGAUAAUGACUGUUUGCCUAAUAGUUGCUGUUAUAAUGUAA